UCCGUAUGAUUUUAAUUUUAAUCAAACGUAUUUUAAUAUUUGGGAACAGUUGACAACACUAUAUAUUUUAAAAUGCCAACAUCUUGUUGUGUACGUGGUUGCAAGAGUAAAGGCAAUGGUAAAAUCAAAUAUUUCAGAUUUCCUAGGGACGUAAACCGUAGAUCACAAUGGAUACAAGCACUUGGUAGAGAAAACUUUGUUCCCACAAAUAAUACCUUGAUUUGUGAAGCACAUUUUACUAUUAAUGAUUAUCAAAAAAGACCYGAUCUUAUUAAGUUAACACAUACUGCUGUUCCAAGUAUUUUUAACUCUCAGGAAAAUGAAAAACAUAAUGCUUCUCUGAAAAAAGUUAUGGAUUUGGGAUUAAAAUCCUCUCGAAUGCCUGCAAGAAAACGUCAUGGUAAUUUAUCAKACCAUACUUAUGUGCUGAAACUUCCUGAAGAGUCGAUUAUAUCUGAAGAUAUAGGUUUCCAAAAAUCAAUCAAUCCAUCAGAUUGUGUAGUCCACACAUUAAAUGCCAGCGAAUCUUGUGUGUUAGAUAUACCCCAAUCAAGUAUUCACACAUUAAGAAAUAAUGAAAAUCCUGGCUUUAAAAUAUCAGAGAGUUUCAAAAUCACUUUUCAACCCCCAAAGAAGAAUUGGGAAACUAUUGCAAUGACACAACAAAAAACUAUACAUGAUUUAAGAAAAAAAAUAAAAGUACUUCAUCAAAAAAUUAGACGCUAUUCCUCAACAAUCGAAACUUUAAAGGUUAGUGUUUUGUAA